AUGAGACUGCAAGCAUCUCUGGAAUCUCUGUUCGCAGUGACUAAUUAUGGACAGUUGGCAUAUCUCGAGAAACACGAAUACGUCCACGCCGUCUACGGCUCGUCAGAUAUCCUCAUCUUCGAAUGCUCCAAAAUCAUAACAUCUUGGGACUUCGAGGCCCGACAUUUCAGCUUCGUCCGCCGAGAGAAAUGCGUAGCCGACCUCUCGAAGAUUGUCGGCGCUCCCAACAUCUCAGACGACAUCUUUCUCGAUACCUGCAUACUCGCCGGCACGCCCUUCCUCCCGACCCACCCGAUCCUCGACGCGCCUAACAGGGCAGAGCUGAUCAAGCCGCACGGCGCCAUCAAGGCCAUCAUGAACAACGGUCAGUCCGGAUACUCUGUGGUUGUCAACAACAAUGAUGUCCCGCCCGCGGGCAAGGAAUACGUCACGCGAUACCAGAAAGCACGCCUGGCCGUCAAAAAUCACCCAGUCUACACCGAGGAAGGGAAGGUCGAGCCUCGGAACUCUGGCUCGAUGCCUAACGAUGCAGGUCAGUAUUUGGGUCAAAGGCUUCCAGACGAGAUCCUCCACUACAUGUCGAAAGGUCUCAUCAGCCCGCACAUCAUCCAGUGGCGCACUACCUGCGAGGUAUUCGAAGUCCCUCCCAUGGAUGGUGGCCUGUCUCCAGAAUACAGGGACCUCGUCAGCUCUAAGCUGAUCCCACUUCGAACACCCGCUGUCAACCUUUUGUCUAGCACCUUACAUAAUUGGUAUCGGCACCAAUCUCUGCACCAGACGCAUUGGUACUCUCCUGUAGAGCCCAAUGGGAAACGCACAUCCACAACCAUCCCUGUCGAGAAGCCAUCAGAAGCCAUAGCUCCUUCGCUCGUUGACACCUGGAACGUGAAGGAAGCUACAUUUAAGGAUGUUGUCGGGCAGUAUAAGGUUAGCAAAGCGGCAACCGAAUUGACAGAUUAUUGUUAA